GUUUAUGAAUGACAAAAUUACAUUUGCAGACUAGCAUUGUUUUUUCUCAAUUCAAAUGGUUAAAUACUAUGGCUUGAAUUGUGAAUGAUUUGUAAAUACUAUGGAUUGAAUUGUGAAUAAUUUGUAGCUUAUAUAGUGCCUUCAAAUUUCCAGUUCUUUUAACAUUUGUUUUCUAUAGAGGUAUCUUUCAUUCUUUAUCCAAAGGAAAUUUUCUUCUUGGAGUUUAGAAACUUCUGACAGAUCAAUGUGCAGAAUCAAGCUUGAUCUGCACAAAUGUGUUGUUAUUAGUGAAGAUAACAAGUAGGUGUAGGCCCUGUAAAGUGUAAUCUGAUUCAAAUGUGGUGUCCUGUUCAGUGUCAAAAACUUUUUUUGUAGCGUCUAGCUAUGAGAAGCUUUUGAUAUUCAGAAUUAUUCUUUUAAAAAGUGAAUUGGGUGACUUGCGAAAUUUCGGCAAAUCUAUCGGAAAAAAUGACUCAGAACAAAAUUGCACAGCUCAUUUUUCCAUUUUUAUGUAUAGGUUUUAAUAUCAGAAUUUAGAUGCAGCUCCUGUGUUGCUACCUGCAUUGAUUCCAAUUGCUUCUCGACAUUUUUAUUUCCAUUUUCUUAUUUCAUCAGAAUUUUACUUCUGGAUAGAGAUUAUGUAUAUCUAUCUGUUGCAUAAGUUUGAUUAUUAAAUACAGAACAGGUUAGGGAUUGAUAUUAUAUUUAGGCUCCAAUUGAUUCAUAGAGAAAAUAAUGGUUUCAUUGACUAAUAAUCCUAAGUGCUCUAAACACCAAAAAGAAACAAACUGAAAGAUUUUAUGCACAAAACAAAACCUUAGUGGCAAGUGGCUGCGCUUAAUUAUCCACACUUUUGUUGGUAUGUGUAGUAAUACUAAAUAAAUGGAAUUCGUAGUCAAAUAAGGGUAUGAUAACUUGGAGUUUUGGAGAUAUUUUAAGGUUUCUAACAGCCCUGUCCUUAGAGGGAGUUCUAGGAUAAUUGAAACAUAAAUAGGUAAUACACUUCUUGAUCACCAUUCCUAAAAUCAUAUUCUUUAUGAUGUUGUAACAUAAUUCUUAUAGUGAGUUAUGUUGUCUAGACAAACUUUCGUUGUUUUCAUAUGCAAGCUUUAGUUGUAAAUUUCCAAUAUUGCUAAUAUUUUCAUCACAUGCUUGUUCAUUUUUCGUUGCUAUACAUAAAAAACUUCAUCUAUUGGAGGAUGGAAUAGGGAAGAAUUUAUAAGAUAUAGUGUAGCAAAAGUAAACUUUAUGAAGUUUCAAUAACCAACGGUUGUAAAGUUCUCUCGUCAAUGAGGAUAUUUAAGUAAACUGGGACUCGUAAAGUAUAUAUGGAAACCAAUACAAACAAAAUUCUAGAAAUGUCUUUCCGGUCGCUUAUUUAUCUUGUUCCAUUUGUCGCCUGAUUGAUCCUGAUAGAAUAGACCUUCUAUAUUCCUGUGGUCACCAUGAUAUUGUGGACCAGUUUAAGACACAAAUCAUAUAAAUCCUUCCUGUCCAAAAAUAUAUAGGGUUUUAGUUCUCCAUAAUCCUCUCAUUGAUAAACAACAACCCAUGGAAUUCUCUAACAAACAGUCGAUAGAACUCUCACAACCUCUGGCCAUUGAGAGUUUUUCGCUUAGCUGGUUAACAAACAUGAAUUCUCCCUUAGAUGUCCUCGAGGAUCCUCUCAGAGCAUCUAUCGAUAGAUCUCUGAAAGAAGUGCAUAACUUCAAUUUUGAUGUUCCUGAUUCUAAAUACUUAGAACCUUUUGUUCAUGCUGAUCAGCUGUUUUCUGAUGGAUACAUCAAUACUGUCUUUAUCGACCACACGAAGAUAGAGGCGACUGAACCUCUCGGUUUAAUCCCUACAGCUUGUUCUUCAUUUUCUUCUAGAACUGUUGUUUCAUCCGUUCAUAUUGAGCGUCAUAUUUUAAAACGAUGGAUAAAUUCAUCAGACAGAAUCUUGCAGAAGUGUUUCGGAUAUAUCAGACCUCUUUGCCGAAAAAUUACUGGCACUAGAAAAAGUACAAAUGCUGAAGAUAGAAGACCAAGGCGAGUUAAGAUCUGGAGAAAAUUGCCAUGUACUGGCGCAAGAAGAAGUACGAGAGUCGAUGAUAUUGAUAGAAGAGCAAGAAAAAGUUGGAGCAAUUUGCCGCAAGCAUCUCCAUACAUAGCCUAUUCAACAAACAACUGGUGUGAUAUUGAGAGCCCAAUUGAUGAGGCAGUUCUUCAUUGCAAAAGAUCAACAGAUAAAUGAAUUUCUUUUUCUCUUACGAUACUGAAGUUGGAGACAAGUUGUGGCAAGAGAAUCAACACUGGCUUGUACAUGUUCAUUUGUCUGGUGAGUAAGCCGAAGUUUCUUUGUUGCCCAACUGCGGAAAGUUUACCAUUUAAAUCAUAUAGGGCAAUUAUUGUUCUAAAUAUAUAUUUGGUUAUAUAUAUUUAUUAUUUUUCAAUAUUGUAAACUAAAAAGUAAAUAAAUUCCUGUUUGUCUUCUUCAUUUGGUAUGUAUGGUUUAAGAAAUUUAUGAAAAUUUCAUACCUUUCCACCUGA